AUGGCGACAACCACGACUGCGCCUGCUGGCGGGAAGAAGAAGACGGCGUCCGCCGCCGGGGGCGCCGCGGCGGUCGACCUCAAGUCGCUGCAGCCGCCGGAGUUUUGGAAGCCGCGGGACGCCCUGUUUGAAGAGUUGUUCGCGGCGCAGGAAGCGAGGCGGAAGUGCAUGCAGGCGCCCAUCACCGUCACGCUGUCCGACGGGAAGCGGAUCCCCGCCACGAGCUGGCUGACGACGCCGCUGGAGAUCGCCAAGCAGCUGUCCAACUCGCUGCCCGAGAAGGUGAUCGUGGCACGCGUGAACGACGAGCUGUGGGACCUCACCCGCCCCUUCGAGGGCGACGCCACACUCGAGCUCCUCGACUGGGACGACGCCGAGGCGCAGCAAGUCUUCUGGCACAGCUCCUCCCACGUGCUCGGCUACGCCCUCGAGCGCGUCUUCCACACCCGCCUCUCCGUCGGCCCCGCCCUGGAGGAGGGCGGCUACUUCUACGAGGGCGACACGGGCCGGCCGCUCUCGGAGGCGGACUACGCGUCGAUCGAGUCCGCCAUGCAGGAGCUCGUCAAGCAGAAGUUGCCGUACCAGCGCCUCACCGUCACAAAGGCCGACGCGCUGCGCCUCUUCGGCUACACGGAGUUUAAGAGCAAAAUCCUCGCCAGCAAGGUGCCCGAGAACGGCUUCUGCACCGUCUACCGCUGCGGUCAUCUGAUUGAUCCCUGCCGCGGCCCGCAUCUGCCGGACACCGGCCGCGUGAAGGCCUUCGCCGUGACAAAGAACUCCUCCUCCUACUUUGAGGGGAAGGCAGAGAACGCGGUGCUGCAGCGGGUCUACGGCAUCUCCUUCCCGAAACAGGCGAUGCUGACGGAGUGGAAGACGCUGCAGGAGGAGGCCACACGACGCGAUCAUCGCAACAUUGGCCGGCAGCAGCAGCUGUUCGGCUUCCACGAGGUGUCGCCCGGCAGCGCCUUUUGGCUCCCGCACGGCGCCCGCAUCUACAACACGCUGGUGGAGUUCCAGCGCAAGCAGUACCGCCAUCGCGGCUUUGAGGAGGUCGUGUCGCCCAACAUGUUCUCCUCCAAGCUCUGGAUGGUCUCGGGCCACUGGGACAAGUACGCGGAUAGCAUGUUCCGCGUCGUAGUGGAGAAGGAGGAUCACGGGUUGAAGCCGAUGAACUGCCCCGGCCACUGCAUCAUGUUCGCCAUGCAGCAGCACUCGUACAAGGAGCUGCCCAUCCGCUACGCCGACUUUGGCGUCCUGCACCGCAACGAGCUGAGCGGCGCCCUCACCGGCCUCACGCGGGUGCGCCGCUUCCAGCAGGACGACGCCCACAUCUUCUGUCGCAUGGAUCAGCUGCAGGAGGAGAUCCAGAGCGCCCUCAUCUUCCUCAGCGACGUCUACCGCACACUCGGGUUCAAGUUCUUCCUCAAGCACGCCACCCGCCCGGAGAACAAGCUUGGCUCGGAGGAGGUCUGGGACCAGGCCGAGUCGUACCUGCGGGCGGCGCUCAACAGCUUCUGCGGCAUUCCCGAGCAGCUGCCGGACCCCUUCAAGGAGGGCGCCAGCUUCACCUUCGACGGGCGCAAGCAGAGCGUCAAGAAGCUCCGCGCCCUGAUGAAGAAGCGGGCGCAGGGCAACGGCGACGACGCCGACGCCGACGCCGACGGCUGGAAGGGGCCGACGCACGCCGACGCGUGGGAGGAGAACACCGGCGACGGCGCCUUCUACGGACCGAAGAUAGACAUCGUCGUGGAGGACGCGCUGCGGCGCCGCCACCAGUGCGCCACGGUGCAGCUGGACUUCAACCUGCCGCAGCGCUUCGGGCUAAAGUACACGCUGCCGACCGCGGCGGGCGAGGGCGGGGCGGCGGCGGGCGAUGGCGAGGGCGAGGGCGGGGCGGCGGCGGCGAAGGAGCACCACGUGGACCCCCAGCCGACGGCGGCGGAGCCCGAGGCGGUGCCGGCGGCAGCGGCCGCGGAGGAGCCGCUCUCCACCUACGAGGAGGCCGCCCGGGAGCUCUGCCUCGACCGCCGCCUGGACGCAAACCAGGCGCGCCCCGUGAUGAUCCACCGCGCCAUCUUCGGCUCGCUCGAGCGCUGCAUCGCGAUCCUCUGCGAGCACUACGGCGGCGACUGGCCGCUGUGGCUCAGCCCGCGGCAGGUGAUUGUGGUGCCGGUCUCGCUCGAGAACGCCGCCUACGCGGCGAAGGUGCGGGACGCCUUCCACGCCGACGGCUUCUACGCCGACGUCGACAACGGCACCGCGACGCUGGACAAGAAGAUCCGCAACGCGGAGCGCGCGCGGUACAACUUCAUCCUCGUCGUCGGCCAGGCGGAGACGGAGGCGCAGACGGUGAACAUCCGCACCCGCGACAACCGCCGCCACGGCACGAAGACGCUCGCGGAGGCCCAGCGGUGGCUGCGCGAGCUCGUCGACGCCUACGACCUGAGCUACUGA